CGGAUACGGAGGGCCUGGCGUGUGUGGCCCGUCGGUCAUCACUUUGCAAGUUGCCAAGAAGGAAGAAGCAUCAUGGACCAGCUGCUGCACUACAAGGAGAAGAUCACCAAGCGCCUUGAUCGCUACGAGAAGCUCAACGAACUCGAGGCCCAGAUCGGUGUCGAGAAGUUCUACAUCUUCCUUGCUGGCGCCCUCGUCGCUGGUGUUCUCCUCUUCGUCAUUGGCGGCGCCAGCCUCAUCUCGAACCUCGUCGGCUUCAUCUACCCCGCGUACAUGUCGUUCAAGGCGCUCAACACGGACAACUCGAACGAUGACACGCAGUGGCUCACCUACUGGGUCGUCUACUCGGCCUUCAACCUCACGGAACAGUUUACGGACAUCUUCCUCUCGUGGAUCCCGUUCUACUUCUUCCUCAAGAUCGCCUUCCUUGUCUACUGCUACCACCCGUCGACGCUCGGCGCCAACACGAUCUACCAGUCGCUCAUCAAGCCCAACUUGAUGCCCCAGGUCGAGAAGAUUGACGCCGCCUUGAAGAAGGCCACGGACGCCGCCAAGGAAGCCUCGGGCAAGAUCCAGUAAGCGGUCCGCGCCAGUGUUAGGCUGGCCUCGUAUCGGCGCCGAUGUGCGUGCGGGGCUCUAUUUCAACUAAAAAACCAUUACGUUUGCUUGACA